GCUACGGUAGCCAGGUAAGAUCAACUAUGAUCUGCUCGUACACAGCGGGCAAGGAUUCAUGCCAGGGUGAUUCUGGUGGCCCAUUAGUUUCUGGCGGAGUGUUGGUAGGCGUUGUAUCCUGGGGUUACGGCUGUGCUUAUCCUAACUAUCCCGGCGUAUACUCUGAUGUGUCUGCUUUACGCUCUUGGGUUGUGGACGCAGCAGGAUCUGUUUAA